AAAAAAAAAAGAAAGAAAGAAAUCAACGCAGACAUGUAUGGCCAGAAACGAAACAGUCAGAUUACUUCUUUCCAUUCUUCACGCGUUCAGGUUUCCACUUCCAUAUUUUUCCUUCACGUUUCAUCAUCAUUCUUUACUAAUUCACGCAAUUUACUCACAUAAUUCGCCCAUAUUUCAACUAAUUCCCACAGUUCUUGAUCUUCCAUCGAUUCAACUCCGGUUUGUGCACCCAAAUUUCUCUUAAAAGAAGUAGAACUCAAUACUGUUAUUUUAUUAUUGUGCGCACCUUUGAACCGUAAUGGUUGUCAUGGGUUCUUCCGAAGCGAUUCUGCAAGUGUUUCGUGCGCCUUUUGUUAAGCCUGACUCAACGUAUUCUCUUGGAUCGUUCAUAAAGUACAAAAAGAAAAGCGGCUCAAAUGUCGUUCGGUUGUUCAAGUGCUCAAGUAUAUAUCACCAGUUUCCCGCCAUUCCCACCACCCGAUUUGAUAAUUUAAAAGACAAACGAUUUGAAAGUUCCAGUUGUAAAUGCCAAAACACCGAAAGUGUUAGUGGAUUUACUACCGAAAACGAAAACAGUACAUGGUUUGUGGAUAAUGCUAAAGAGUUCAAUACGAUUCAAGAAACGGGUCGCUCGCCAAAUCUAUUGGGUUCGGAGGACGUUCAGAAGAUCGAGAAAGAAAAUGAGAGUUCUUUAUCUGAUGUUAUUGAGCAAGAAGCGUGGGACCUACUGCGUGAGUCCAUCGUGCACUACUGCAGUAGUCCUAUUGGAACAAUAGCGGCAAACGACCCCACAAGCUCAAGUGUUUUGAACUAUGAUCAAGUUUUUAUUCGUGACUUUAUACCGUCUGGUAUAGCUUUCUUGUUAAACGAAGAGUAUGAUAUUGUCCGAAAUUUCAUCCUUCACACACUUCAAUUGCAGAGCUGGGAGAAAACAAUGGAUUGUCAUAGUCCUGGUCAAGGAUUAAUGCCUGCAAGUUUCAAGGUCCGUACGGUACCCCUCGAGGGUGAUGACACUGCAACCGAAGAGGUAUUAGACCCUGAUUUCGGAGAGGCUGCGAUUGGUCGUGUUGCCCCUGUUGAUUCUGGAUUAUGGUGGAUUAUAUUGUUACGUGCAUACGGAAAGAGUUCUGGAGAUACGUCACUGGUGGAGAGAAUCGACGUUCAAACCGGAAUCAAAAUGAUUUUAAAGUUAUGUCUUGCUGACGGUUUUGAUAUGUUUCCUACUUUGCUAGUCGCUGAUGGACCGUGCAUGAUUGACCGGCGCAUGGGAAUUCAUGGACACCCUCUAGAAAUUCAGGCGCUUUUUUAUUCUGCAUUAAUGUGUGCACGUGAAAUGCUCGCACCGGAGGAUGGAUCAGCCGACUUAAUUAGAGCGUUAAACAACCGUCUUGUUGCAUUAUCAUUCCACAUAAGAGAAUACUACUGGGUAGACCUGAAAAAGCUUAACGAAAUAUACCGUUACAAGACCGAAGAGUACUCUUACGAUGCCGUCAACAAAUUCAACAUUUACCCUGAUCAAAUUCCUCCAUGGCUAGUAGAAUGGAUGCCGAAUAAAGGAGGUUACCUUAUCGGAAACCUACAACCGGCACAUAUGGACUUCCGGUUUUUCUCGUUGGGAAACUUUUGGUCUGUGGUCAGCAGUUUAGUCACCGUUGACCAGUCAAAUGCGAUAUUGGAUCUGAUCGAUGCGAAAUGGGCCGAUUUAGUGGCUGAUAUGCCUUUUAAGAUUUGUUAUCCUGCUCUUGAAGGUCAAGAAUGGCAGAUUAUUACCGGCUGUGAUCCUAAAAACACGCCUUGGUCAUACCACAACGGAGGCUCGUGGCCGACUUUGCUUUGGCAGCUUACAGUGGCGUGCAUUAAGAUGGACAGACCGGAAAUCGCGGCAAGAGCGGUUAAGAUAGCCGAGGGGCGUUUGGCUCAAGAUAAGUGGCCCGAAUACUACGACACUAAAAGGGGGCGGUUUAUAGGGAAACAAUCACGCUUAUUUCAAACGUGGACAAUUGCAGGGUACCUUGUAUCGAAACUACUGCUUGCGAACCCUAUCAAAGCGAAGAUUCUGAUGACGGAUGAGGAUUCUGAUCUUGUUAACGCGUUUUCUUGCAUGAUCACUUCUAACCCGCGAAAGAAACGGGGUCCUAAGAAUUCCCAGAAGACCUACAUUGUAUGAAAAUGAAAAGGUUUAUCGGUUCUUGAACCAACAUUCUAUAAACCUUAUUUUUUAUAAUCUUGUUCUUGAAGAUUUAUAGCAUGGAUCCACCAGUAGUUUUUUUUUUUAUGGUGGACUAGUUGAUUUGGUAUUUAUAUAUCGAUAGAUUAUUAUACAGUAAGGAGUGAGCCUUUGUACCACAUGAUUAGUUGAUUUCGUUCAUUUUCAACUGUUUAAAGAAUUCUAUUUAUGUUUCUACAUCAUGAAAGAGGUGAAACAAUCCAAUUCUUGUACAGUUAUGGGCAUGAGGUAUAUGUUUUUCCUUUAGCAUGACAUGUAAUUUUAAUGAUCAAAA